UAUCAGAAUUUAACGCUCUGAGUCAUGGCCGAAUCCGGAUCCGCCACCAAGCGGCACAAUCCGGUGGACAGUAUCUGCCGGAAAAUCAAGACCAUUCAGAUGCGCGACCAGGACUCCAACCCCAACCUGCAGAUUCCCAAAUUCCAGUCCCGGAACUUUGACAGCCCCCAGUCCAGCACCAAGAAAAACCUGGAGGAGGUUCUGAAGAACCGGACCGUGAAGAACACGGAGCGGGACCUCGUCUGCUUCUCCAGUCCCUGCGUCAACAACACCUUUUCCCCGAAUCCCCAGGUCUCCUCUCCCUGCCCCCCCCGGCACGCGCCGGACAGCGACUCCCCGCUGGGCAACGCCACGUAUUCCGUAAACACGGUGUCCAAGGACAAGGUCGCCAAGGUUUGGCCCUCGUGCCGGUCGCAGAGCUGCUCCACGCCGAUGGUCUUCCCCCGAGAUCUGCCCUUCAAGUUCCCCCACUCUGCCCUGCCUGUCCCCGAGGGCCGGAGCCUCUUCGUCGACGACCGGGUGCUCCCUGCCCCCCACAGCUUCUACUUCACGGACCGGCGAUCCGAUCAUUUCCCUCUCCAGUCUCCGGUGGUGAAGAGACUGUCGAUGAGCGAAGCCGGUCUGCGACGGGCGAUGGAAGCCAAGACCGAGACGGCGUCUGAAGUGAGUUUGAUCUGCGAGGAAGACUUGCUGAACAGCAUUUUCCACGCGUGUGACACGGACCACAGAGGCAAGGUGGCCGUGUCGAGGAUCGUGGAUUACUUGCGCCACACCACGAGCCGUGGCUCCGAGGACAGCGGUCUGGACGAGCUGUGUAACAUGCUGGAUCCCGAGCGACGCGACAUUUCCAUGGACCUGGACACGUAUCACGCCAUCAUGAAAGAGUGGAUCGACGACUGCCGGAACAACGGGGCGGAUAGUAAAUGUAAAGACUCGGUCCUCGGCGUGGAGGACUCCAUGUUUAAGCUGCGCGAGAGUCUUCUUGCAGUGCGGCGGAUCUCGGGGACGAUGAACGUCACGUCGGGGAGUUUGGAGGCUUUCGGAGGAGACGUCUCCAGAGGAGAUCUGGAGACCUCGGACCUCAUCACCUGUGUGGCGGAUCUUCAGUAUAACAACCAGAAGCUCCAGGAGCAGCACCACAAGCUGAAGACGACCGUCGAGAACCUGGAGGAAGCGAAUCACCGGCUCCUGGAGGAGAACGAAGAAUUACGGAGCCAGUGGAAGAGCGUCCAGCAGUCGGUAACCAGGGCGAGAGCGCUGAAGGACGAGUUGGAGGAGAUGAAGGUCAGCGCGUCCGCGUCGGAGGAGAGGAAAGCGCAGAUGGCGUCCCAGAACAAGCAGCUGGAAAAGGAGAAUUUAUCGCUCGUUCAUAAAAUCAGCUCCCUGCAGGAAGAGAAUAUGAGGAACGUUCUGGAGGCCGAAGGCCUGAGGAAGACGAUCGCCGAGGUUUCUGAUAAAGUCGCCGUUCUCCAGUUGCAGUUAAAUGACUCAGAAAACGCCGCGCAGAAGAAGGAGGCCGCGCUGCGCAUGAAGGAUCUCUACGUGGAGGAGCUGAGGUCCACGUUGGUGGAAUAUUCCACUGUCAUAGAGAAUCUGAGAAUCGAAAAAACUAAACUGGAAAAUAGCCUCCAGCAAAUGGAACAGGAGCUGCUCUCGAACGGAAUCGCCUCCCCGUUAACGUGUAAAUUUAACCGCCUGAUGUCUGGAGGUCUGACCUCCCUGCACUCGGAGCUGGAGCUCGCCCAGCAGUCUCCGGAGAUCUCCGGAGCCGAAUGGAUGUUUUCUUCCGCUGGGAACACGUCGUCCCUCGAUGUCACUUUAGACCGCGAGGUCCUGCUGCUGCUUCAGGGUCCUGGACAAGAACAAGUGGGGGCCGAAUAUAAAUCCAUCCUGCAAACCUUGCAGGAGGACUCCUGCGCGAUGGCCGACCUCGUACUCGUGUCUCUCCAGCGGCUGAUGGAUUCCGGCGUCGAAGUAACCGACUUGCCGGGGAAAAUGCUGGAGAUGAUAAAGUCGGACCUGAGAGAGAAGCGGAACGUCUGGUCGCGGAGUCUGAAGCAGCUGGAGAGGCAGAAGGAGUCUCUGGACAAGGAGUUCGUGAAGAUGGCGAGUAACCUGCGGCGCGCCAAGACCGAGCACCUCCACCUGCGCAAGGAGCUGUCGGCCAGACUUCACGAGCUGGAGACGGUCCGACAGCAGCAGGAGGACGCCGAGGGCAGAGCAUGCGCCGCUCUCAGCCGACUCCGAGACUCCAGCGCCAAGGAGGAGGCUUCCGGUAAGAAGAUCGGGGAGCUGGAGGCCGCCCUUCGCAGCGCGUUGGCCGAGGCGGACUCCGCGAGGAGCGCGUUGGAGGAAGCCGUCGGCAAACAGAGGGAGCUCUCGGUAGAGAAGGCGGCUCUCAGCGCCGAGCAGCAGGCGAUCCGGGAGAAGAGCGACGUCCAGCAGAAGACAAUCAACUCGCUGCAGGAGAAGCUGUUCAGAGGGCAGCUCUGUGGCCUCCUGUGUCAGACGUGUUCGGAGCGGGACGAGGAAUCUGAUUCUGCGGUGAACGACCCCGAGCGGGCGACGCGUGGCGAGGAGAAAAGCUGUUUUUCUAAGAGAUUUGGUAUCCAGGAGACCGGCCGCUUAUCCGGAGCGCACAAACCUGCGCGCCACCGGGGCCCCGUCUGCGUCUACACCCCGCUGCUAGAUGCGCUGACGCUGGAGAUCCUGCAGCUUUACCCCGGACGCCGCGCGCACAACUACCCCCGAGACCCGUCCAAACGCCCCGAGCCCGGCAGGCCCGCCACGUCACGGGGGGCUCUACUCAACCUAAACAAGGGCCGCUCCGUGUCGUUGGGGGUUCAGACCGAUGCGGCAGAUUUCGGGGUCCCUGCGAUGGAUGUCGGCCGGCCGGAGGAGCGAGUCUCGGGGCAGCAGGCGGAGGGCGAGGAUCUCGGCUGCAGGUCGGAUCUAAACUCCCCCCCGGCCACCGACGGCCCCUCACCUUCCCCGGAGAGAACCCUCCUGCCGGCUGAGCAGGACCCUGAGCCGGGGGUGAUGGAGGAGCGGGGAGCGGCAUCUGUGGAUGUGGCAGAGACGAGCAGCAGCAGCGGACAAUCCAUGCCGGGUGGCGGAUCAACGGAAGGUCCGGUUCCGCCGCCGGGGGCCGGUCCGGGUCGUGAGAACGCUGGCGGCUGCAGCCCGGGGGGUCCUGAGGAGAAAAUUGGGGGGCCGCGCGGAUCCACGCCCAGCAAAGGAAGCCCCCCGGCCGUCUCUCAAUCGGGGUCCCAAAACGCAGCGUUUGAGGAGAAUCGCGGCUCUGAUGGCGAGAAGGCGAUGGAGACGGAGUUCCUGCGAUUAUCCCUGGGGUUUAAAUGCGAUUUGUUCACGCUGGAGAAGCGGCUGCGUCUGGAGGAGCGAUCCCGCGAUCUGGCCGAGGAGAACCUCAAAAAAGAAAUCGCCGGCUGCGUGAAGCUCCUGGAGGCUUUAACCCCGCUGUGCGAGGAGGACAAUCAGACGCACGAAGUGGUGAAGAAGUUGGAGAAGAGCUUGCAGUUCCUGGGUCAGCACUCGGCACGGGUCGCCUGCCGGGCGGAGAUGCUGGGCGCCAUCCAUCAGGAGAGCCGCGUCAGUAAAGCCGUCGACGUCAUGAUUCAGCACGUGGAGAACCUGAAGCGCAUGUACGCGAAGGAACACGCCGAGCUGGAGGAGCUGCGGGAACUCAUCCAGCAAAACGAGCCCCCCCGGCUGUCCGCGGAGCGAGAUGAUUUGCAUAAACUGCCAACAUCGCUGAUUGCAAAGCCGGCAGCGCGCAGGGUCAGUAUGCCGACCUACACCCGCGGCCUGGGCACCUCGCCCCCCCUGGACCCUUUUGGAUCGGAAAAGCUGGAUGGCAAAUUGCACAAGAGAUCAAACAGCUGGAAGCUCGUGGGGACGAAGCAGACGACGAAUACCAGUCCGAUAUUACAGCGCUUUGUGGCCAAUUACACGCGAAGCGACCCCGCCGAGGAGAAUUUCAUCAAAGAAGACGAGGCGGUCGCCGAGCCGCUAGAAGAGACGAAGGAACGGAUAAAGCCCCACGCCGUGGAUCGAGGUUCCUCCCCCGCGGAGCCGUGUUCUACUUACAGGAAGCUGCACUUCUGGGCGUCCAACACGCGACUCUUUCUGUCGAGCGUCAGCCGUCCGGUUCUGAUCUCCGUCCUGGCGGUUCUUCUGCUCGUGGUUCUGCUUGGCUUCCUCACCGGGCUCUCCUUCCAGCGACCGGCUGACGGGGAACCGGUUGGACCCGGAGAUUCGUGGACCGCGAUCCAGCAGUUUUUUUGGCCUUACGCCGGUCUUCACCAUAACGGGCAGCCGCCGGUGUGACGGCCAUCGCUGCGACCCAACGUUUACACGCCGUCCGUGAUAUAAAUGGCGCUUUAACCUAAUUUAAUGUCUCCUUCACUGAUCAGCGGGAAACGCGCUCCGCUCUUUUCUAUACGUUU